ACGGGCAUCGAGAGACGUACUGAAUGCAACCUACCCACUUCCAAUAUGGCGGCCCAACGGAGGAAUUUGAUGCAGAGUCAUCAGAGUUGGACGGAUGAUCUUCCUCUGUGCCAACUCUGCGGCGUUGGCACCGCACCCAAUUGCAUGUAUGGUACAGAUGGGAAAGACACGCAGAGCCACCCGAAUGAGGACACACACCUCCGCUUCAGGAGCGAGGACGGCUGCUCCCUGUACGGCGUCUUCAAUGGCUAUGAUGGCAGCCGAGUGGCCAGUUUCGCUUCGCAGUGUCUUACGGCUGAACUUCUGCUGGAGCAGCUUAGCGCCGACCACUCAGAUACCGAUGUCCGCAGGGUCCUCACGCAGGCUUUUGAAGCGGUGGAGAAGAGCUACUUGCACACUAUCGACGACGCUCUGGCUGAGAAAGCUAACCUUUCUGGCUACAUGCUACCGCACAACGAGAAGGUGCAGGAGCGUUUGAAAGAGUUGGAGCAGGAGGUUUCCGGAGGAGCCACGGCUAUUGUGGCGCUCAUUCUCAACAACAAGCUCUACAUCGCCAAUGUUGGGACCAACCGGGCUCUGCUGUGCAAAACUACCACCGACGGCCAGAACCAGUUCUUUCAGCUGGGCCGACCUCACAGCACCGAUAACGAUGAUGAGCUGAAGAGACUGGCUGCGCUGGGAUUGGAUUCGGCCCGUGUGAGGCAGGCGGGCCAGAUCGCCGGGCAGAGCAGCACAAGGAGGCUUGGAGACUACCGGGUCAAAAUCAACUACAAUGAUAUUGACCUGCUCAGUGCAGCCAAAACGAGGCCAAUCAUCGCUGAGCCAGAGAUCCACGGCAGCCAGUCGUUGGACAGCGUGACGGGCUUUCUGCUGCUCAUGUCUGAAGGACUCAUUGAUGCCCUGGAGUGUGCGCACGGGCCCGAACACGUCAACAAGGAAAUCGUUGCCAUGGUGGCAGCUGAGCUGGCGCAGCAGACCACGCUGGAGGCGGCGGCGCAGUCGGUGGUGGACCGUGUCAAACGGCUACACCAUGACGUCUACACGUCGGGCCGCCAGAGGGCCACCUUCUGCUCCCGUCACGAGGACAUGACCCUGCUCAUCCGCACGCUCAACUACCCGCUGGCGGAUGGAGUCCUCACACCCACGCAAGGCGGCCGCAUCUACCCGGUGUCUGUGCCCUACUCCAACAGCCAGAGCACCAGUAAAACCAGCGUCACGCUCUCGCUGGUUAUGCCUUCACAGAGUACCCUAACCAACGGCACCAACACGGCCUCCACCCUGGAGGAGGGAACCCCCACACCUGGACGCACCGUGCUCAGCUCCCCCAGCCUUCCAUCUAGUCACAGGCAGGCCAACAGCGCCAACAUAUGUGCAGCUGUUGCAAAACCGUUGCCUGUCAGGCGCUGAAACAACAGCGGCAACAUGCGAACAGUGCCGACAUUCCCCUCAUCAGAAACGGUGCUGCUUCAAGCAUGCUGCCGAAGGUGCGCAACCGUCGAGCACUGACAUUGUCCAUCAAUGAAUGUCGCGCUGCUGCUGUAAACAGGUCCACAACAGGUUCACACGAGGACAACAGACAAACAACAGAGCCUUGAAAACGGAUGCCUACUUUAUCGCACCAUCUUAAAAAAUAUAUAGUAUAAACAUGUUUAAUUUUUUUAUUUUAAUCAAAUAUUGUUCAGAAACACACAAAAAAAAACUUUACUUGAACAUCGCAUAAGUUUCACUUAAAUAUAGGUUUUUCGAGUAACAGCUUAUUACUGACACUAACAUCAAGCUACAUCUUUCUCUAAUAGCCUUGCCACACAUUUUACCUAAACGAAGCCUGUAAUGCAAGGCAUUUCAGUUAUGCGGUGUAUCAGUCUGAACACUAGUGGCACCAUGUAAAAGGAGUCCAUACAGUCAUGCUCAAAAACACUGGCACCCAUGACUGUAUGAAAAGAAACAUAACUGUUUUUUUUCCUGACUUUCUGACAAAAUCUCACUAAACUUUUUCUGUUUUAGGUCAAUCAGGAUUACCAAAAUUAUUUAUAUUUGCUAAAUGCCAGAAUAACGAAAUUAUUUUUUUUAAUACAAAUAUAUGUAAUAGACAAUACAGUCACAGGGCUCUCGUUUGAUGAGCAGGUAUGCAUAAAGCAUGGUGAAUCUGUGUGCACAGAUGCACAGCAUUACUUACCCACAUAUGUGUAUGUUGCUGAAGUGGUUCAGCGAAUCAUUAUCCACUAAAAGUACCAGUCUUGUCUUGGUUCUAGCCAAUCAGAGGCAGAGUAGGGCGGGUUAUCGUUCCAUAAAUGCAAUGGACACGUUACUUUUUUCCAGACUCGAUAAAUUUUUAUUGUUGUGUUAACACCCGGCGCGCCGCUCACGACGCAGUGAGCCUAAGCGGAACGGCUUUGGCCCCAUAGAUGCAUACUCUUGGGACACUUUAGGGAAAGUUAACUUUUUAUUAAAUUCGAUAGCCCAUGACCUAACUAGCUAGCGAGCUAGGGAGCUAAACAGAUCGCUGUGGCUCGCUUGAUCGUGGCGACAUAUAGAGGUCACUAACUUAUUUAGCUAUUAAGUUAUUAAGAUUUGUUAAAUUAAAAUAGACAAAAUUAUUUGCGACUUCACUGUUGUGUCUAGAUGCCAAACAAAAAAGGGGAAACUAACUUUAUUUUUCUAAAGUUAAGCACUUUAUUUGAACACAUAACUUUCUCUUUUUAUUUACUUGGUCUUAUUGUGAAAUGCAGCCCUACUUUUAUUUAGUAAAUUAGAGCACAUUACACACUUGUACUCAUGUUUGAUUAUGAGGCCAGAAUUUGUAAGAUGUGUUCAAUUCUUUAUUGUGUUCUAUCAUUAUAUUAGUGGCAUUAAUAAAACAAAUAUUUUAUCGUGAAAGUUUUGGGGAAAAUAGAUUCUAAAAAUGUGCUAUUGUGGCAGGCCUAAACACUAACAAAAAUUUUGUACAAACAGUAUAAAGAUAAAGUAGCAACUGUAAUAAAAAUCUGCAUUUUAGCGGGACCGCGAAGCAAGAACUGUGACGUAGCGGAGGAUUACUGUGUCUGAUUUACGUAAGGAUUAAUUGCAGGGACUCGAUUGAGUCCCUGCACUAGGACUCAUUGUUUCCAUGACAUGUGCACCAUGGGACUCACAUAGUCUCAAGUGUAAAAUGAUCUAUGCAGUCAUGGCUAAAAAAAUGGGUGCCGAGGUUUUGGAGCAUGACUGUAGAUAUGAAACAAGGAAUCUAGAAUCUGCUGGAUAUAAGUACGAAUACGUAUACCAUGUUACCUCUGUGUGUAAACUACAAAGUGAAGGAAGUUAAGGGAAAUACAGGACUACUUCUUGAGAGUACCGCAAGUUAUAAAAUAAAACUGCCAGGGCAACUGAAGCGAUACUUUUAUCACAACAUCUCUUUACUUGACAGGUUGCCCGGUCGGUCCAGCCUGAGCGUAUUUCAUCAUUCAUUUUACAGAGCGUAAUUUGCAGUCGGUUAACAAAGUGUUGUCAUCCGUGUUUAGCUUAAAGUAUCUCCACACGGCUGAUAUGGCUCCGAGUCUACCUGCCCGGAAGGUAUAAGUCAGGCUACUGGAGUGGUAUUGGUGUGGUAGUACUGGAGCAUUUUUUUCAAGUACGGAUACAGAACAAACCUACAGUAUUGGCACGGUGCAUCCCUGGCUAUAACACCAGCCAGCAUUCUAUUUAAUUGUUAUUUCUGUAUGUUUUUAUACUGUACACUGCUAUUUUUCUUCUUGGAAAACAGGUUGCAAAAAAUGUUAUUGUUUUUUGAGGAGCUGGAACAGAUUAAUGGAAUUUGCAUUUGUUUCAGUGAGGAAAGUUGACUUGUGAAAUGAGUCGCAUGCAUGGUCACAGAACAAAGUGUACUUGCAAGUCAAGGAACCGCUGUACUUCCCUGCUUUUAUUCCCUCCAUUGUUUCUGCUUUGACUGGCCCAACAUCAUUUUGCCUGGCUUCCUGUGUGAGCGCCCUCCCCCGCUGCUCAUUUAGAUAAGUAAUAUCGGCCCCCCCCCCCCCAUUUUUUUGUUCUAUAUUUAUUCUGGGUCAGCUGUCUUUUUGCUUCCCAGUGUUCCUCCACCGCUUUGCUUAUUUUUAUGCGCGAGCUUUCACUUCCUCUUCUUUUUCUUCACGGCCAGAGAGAGAAAAGAGUACAACUGUUUUACAGCUUUUCAUCAAACAAAACAUAAAUAAAUGAUUAGGACUUCCAGACAGUUGAGGCCCAAAUGUUUUAAGGAGUGUUUAUAAAAUUCAUGACAAGUGUAGUAAUAGUAAUAUGUAUAAAAUAAGGCGGCACUGGAGCCUUGGUGCUUAAGUGCAAAACUUUCUUCCUGUUUUGGGGAAUAAGGAACCCCCCCACCCCAAUAAAGAAAUACUGCUUUACUGUGGUCAUUAUACAUUUUUAACUUUAAUCUGGUACUGUGAUGUCCCCCCCCCUCCUAAAAAUACAACAACUCUACUGUGGUAAUAUUAUGAUGUUUUUUUAAAUUUCACCUUUAUUCUAGUAAUAUAGUGACCUUUUUUCUCCCCAAAAAUAAAUCUUUAUUCUGUGUUACAAUUCUACUUUAAUCUCGUAUUAAUUACUUUUUCCCCCCACUGACAACAAUACAACUUUAUUUUGGUAGCAUUAUGACGUUUUUCCUUGUCAAAGUUCGACUCAGUUUUUUGUAACAUUAAGAC